AUCUAACGGUCCAUAAUACAAAAUCAUGCCAUCUCUCUCCAGUUCUCCUAUUUCCCCUCCCCGCCAUUUCUUCCCUCCGAGAAAUCACCAUUCUCCUUCUUCCACUUUCCUUUCCCCAUAUCCAAACCCUAGCUUUCUCUCCAUUUUCAUCAACCAAAAUUUACCAUAUCUCACCUGAAAAAUCCAUCUAUUGUGAUGGUCUUUGAUGAAAAUGUGCAGACAAAAAGGCAAAAAUACAAAAAUGCCUUGCUUACCAAUUUUUUGCUUUGCAUCAUCUCGACGAAUCACAUUGCGACAGCACAGCAGACCGGUAACUCCGGGUCGGCUCAGCUCUUGACCCAGGUCCUUUAUAGCAGUUUCAGCAAUUUCACCUCUUUAUUUGACCCUGGCGUUACCAAGGAAUUGGGGUUUUGCAUCGAAGAUGUGGAUGCUGAGUGGAACGCGGCUUUUAAUUUUACAGACAACACAGAUUUUUUGACAGCAUGUGUUAGACAGACAAAAGGUGAUGUAAUAAAGCGGUUGUGUACAGCAGCAGAGGUAAAGUUCUAUUCUCAACUUUUAACGCAAGGCGCUGGAAGAGGAAACCUGAAACCUAACAAGAAUUGUAAUCUGGUAUCAUGGGCUUCUGGAUGUGAGCCAGGAUGGGCAUGUAGUGUUGGAAAAGACAUGCAGGUUGACCUUAAAAAUUCAAAGGAAAUGCCACCUAGAAUUCUUGAUUGUCAACCUUGUUGUGAAGGUUUCUUCUGUCCUCGUGGUCUCACCUGCAUGAUACCCUGCCCAUUAGGCGCGUAUUGUCCUCUUUCAAAACUCAAUAAUGAUACUGGUGCAUGUGACCCGUAUCGUUAUCAACCUCCUCCGGGACAGUCAAAUCAUAGUUGUGGUGGAGCAGAUGUCUGGGGUGAUUUUGUGAGUACUACUGAACUAUUUUGUUCAGCGGGAUUUUACUGUCCAACUACUACCGAGAAGAUUCCUUGCACUAAAGGCCAUUACUGUAGAGCUGGUUCUACAUCUCAAUCAAGCUGCUAUAAAUUAGCUAUUUGUGAAUCACAGACAGCAAAUCAAAAUAUCACAGCUUAUGGUAUUAUGUUUUUUGGUGCAAUCACACUUAUACUUCUCAUUAUAUACAACUGUUCUGGCCAAGUGCUGAGCAGCAGAGAGAAAAAACAAGCAAAGUCCAGGGAACGUGCAGCAAAAAGUGCAAGGGAGACCGUACAAGCACGUGAGAAAUGGAAAUCUGCUAAAGAGAUUGCUCGCAAGCAUGCAACUGGUCUACAAUCUCAAUUGUCAAGGACAUUCUCCCGAAAAAAAUUUGUAAGUCAACAGGAUCCGCAUAAGGCGCCCAGUCAUGCUAGGUCUCGUUCAGAAGCUGCCUUACCCCCAUUGCCCUUAGGUAUGUCUCAUGCCAAAGCUAAAAAGCAAACCAACCUCACAAAGAUGGUUCAAGAGCUUGAAGAAAAUCCUGAUAGUCAUGACGGUUUCAAUAUUGAUAUUGGGGACAAAAAUAUGAAAACACCUGAGCAAGUUGGGGACAAAAAUAUGAAAAAGCCCAAGGCUAAACAGUUGCAUACCAAGAGUCAAAUCUUUAAAUAUGCAUAUGGUCAAAUUGAAAAAGAAAAAGCCCUGCAGGAGCAGAAUAAGAAUUUGACCUUUUCUGGUGUAAUCUCAAUGGCAAGUGAGAUUGAGAUAAGAACUAGACCUCCCAUUGAGGUGUGUUUCAAAGAUUUGACACUUACUUUGAAGGGGAAAAACAAGCAUUUAUUGAGGUGCGUAUCAGGGAAAUUAUCACCUGGCCGUGUUUCUGCUGUUAUGGGUCCAUCUGGUGCUGGAAAGACAACGUUUCUGUCUGCAUUGACUGGUAAGGCUGCUGGGUGUACCACGACUGGUGUGAUUCUCAUAAAUGGGAAGCCCGACCCGAUGCAGUCAUACAAGAAAAUUAUUGGCUUUGUACCUCAAGAUGACAUAGUACACGGAAAUUUAACGGUGGAGGAGAAUCUUUGGUUUAGUGCUCGGUGCAGAUUGGCAGCUGAUUUGCCUAAACCAGAAAAGGUUUUAGUUGUUGAAAGAGUCAUAGAGUCCUUGGGAUUGCAACCCGUGAGAGAUUCUCUUGUGGGGACGGUGGAGAAGCGAGGCAUCUCUGGGGGUCAAAGGAAGAGAGUCAAUGUUGGGCUGGAAAUGGUUAUGGAACCUUCUUUGUUAAUCUUAGAUGAACCCACUUCUGGUUUGGAUAGCUCUUCAUCUCAAUUAUUGCUUAGAGCACUCCGUCGUGAAGCUCUUGAAGGAGUGAAUAUAUGCAUGGUGGUGCACCAACCAAGCUAUACUUUGUUCAGGAUGUUUGACGAUUUGAUACUUCUAGCCAAGGGUGGCCUUACAGUAUAUCAUGGACCAGUGAAAACAGUUGAAGAGUACUUUGCAGGCAUUGGAAUAACUGUACCUGAUCGUGUUAACCCUCCUGAUCACUUCAUUGAUAUUUUAGAAGGAAUUGUUAAACUUCCGAACACAGCAGUGAACUAUAAAGAUCUUCCUCUCAGAUGGAUGCUUCAUAAUGGUUACCCCGUACCACCAGACAUGCUAGAUUCUUCUGGUUCAAGAGCAUCUUCGGUUGGAGAAAAUUCAGCUGAUGGAGCAAGUCCUGCAACUGCUACCUCCGAUCAAUCUUUUACUGGAGACCUGUGGUCAGAGGUCAAAUCCAAUGUUGAACAAAAGAAAGACCGCAUGCGAUACAACUUUUUGGCAUGGAAGGACUUGUCCAAUCGGAGAACCCCUGGUGUAUUGUUCCAAUAUAAGUAUUUCCUUGGAAGAGUCGGCAAGCAGCGAUUGCGAGAAGCCAGGAUGCAAGCAGUUGAUUUUCUUAUUCUAUUGCUUGCUGGAAUCUGUUUGGGAACACUUGCUGAAGUGAGUGAUGAAACCUUCGGAACUAUGGGGUACCUUUACACCGUCAUUGCAGUUCCUCUUCUCACCAAGAUUUCAGCUUUGAGAUCAUUUUCUCUAGAUAAAUUACACUACUGGAGAGAGAGUGCAUGUGGCAUGAGCAGUUUGGCAUACUUUAUGGCUAAGGAUACCAUUGACCAUAUCAGCACAAUUAUAAAGCCUGCAGUUUAUCUAUCAAUGUUCUACUUCUUCAAUAAUCCAAGAUCUUCCAUUUUGGAUAAUUAUAUCGUCUUGCUUUGUGUUGUAUAUUGUGUUACUGGGAUAGCGUAUGCACUUGCCAUCUACUUCAACCCUGGUCAAGCUCAACUGUUGUCGGUGUUGCUACCAGUUGUUUUAACUCUCGUAGCUAGACAGGACAGUAGCUCAAUAAUGGGGAAAAUAGGAGAUUAUUGCUAUACAAAGUGGGCCAUGGAAGCAUUUAUAAUUGCAAAUGCAAAGAGGUACUCUGGAGUGUGGCUGAUCACAAGAUGUGGUGCACUAAAGCAAAAGGGCUAUGCACUUGAUCAUUGGUAUCCUUCCUUAAUAUCACUCCUGCUUCUUGGUGUUAUCAGUCGCUGCGUAGCAUUUGUCCUUUUGGUAACUUUCCAGAAAAAAUAAGUCUUGUGUUGUUGCUCUCUUGCUUCAUCGGUUGGCAUACUAUUAGCACAAACGAGAAUGCCAGCUUACAGGCUCACCACCAUGCCGAAAAAUGUUGGGAAGCCUCUUCAAAGUUGGGUCCCUUGUGAAAAUUAUUGCACAUAACCUAGAUAUGAUUCUUGCCAAAAGUGUAAUUUACUCAAAACAAACUGUAUAUGGCAGCAAGAGUCUAUCAAAAGGUUAGAUGUUAUCAUUCUUUGUUUGGCCAAAAAAAAAAGUGUAACAUAUGUGCUAGUAGUAGUUUCUGUUGGAGAUUGAUGCUACCUGCUUCCUGGGCCUCAUGAUGUAGCUAUAAUCAUCAAGAGAGAUAACCGAGAAUGUCGUCUCGUCUUUGUGAAGUUGUCAAGGAUAUGACUGAGAAUACACUUCAGAAUUUGAGGGUGUACCCAAAAGUUGAUGUAGAUCAAGAUACAAAACAUCAAAUUAUAGAAAUGGCAACUGCAGCCAAAUGUCAUAAUGCCAACUUGUUGACAGCAUAAAUUCAGUUUUGAGUAGGCAGUAUA